AUGCAUGGACCUAUGAAAGACUUCCUCGCCGAAAGAUCAAAGCGAAAUCAGAGGGUAAAGACUUUGUUGAAGAAGAAGCGAGUUGGAACGCAAUGGAUACCAGGAUCUGAUGAAAAGGAAACGACGCCCUCUAAAGAGCGAAAAAAGGAUCAUUUGAAAACAGUGGCACCUGUAGAAGAACAACAACCUGUAGAUGAUCGAUGGUCAGCACUGAAUAGAGAUACCCGGAGAGAACUCUACUCCAUGGUUAAAGAGAACAAAGAAGAAGAGCUCACAGCAUUGAUAUCUGAACGUGGUGCAGAGGAGCAAAAAGAGAUUUUCAACUAUCUGAAUACGAAUCGCUUUUCAUCGGACAACGGAACGUUUCUUCAUCUGGCUGCUCGCAGUGGAGCUGAUAGGACACUGCGGAAUCGCUGGCGCAGUUGUUAUUCCAGGAAUUUAGACAUCUUUGUUUUCCUGUUUCUCCUUUUUUGCGUACAAAAAACUGCUUACCAUAAAUCAACGAUUUGA